AUGCAUCAUUCACCGUCAAGCGAUACGGCCAUGGGACGUCACACGAGCGAGGGCGCCGAAAGUGAAGGCGCCGCGCCUCACGAGGGCAUGUCGGCCGGCCAGUACCUCGCGACACGAUUCUCAACGCUCAAACCGCCCAUGCUGCCCGUUCCCAAUCCCCUUAGGUUGAUGCUCAUGCUCAACGCGCAAAACUGGGCAUUCUUUGCCUUGGCCUUCUGUGCCUGGACGUGGGAUGCCUUUGACUUCUUUACCGUCUCCCUAACCGUGUCUGACCUUUCCAAGGAGUUUGGAAAAAACGCCGCCGAUAUCACAUGGGGCAUCACCCUGGUUCUCAUGUUCCGAUCUGUGGGGGCCAUCUUGUUUGGCAUUGCCAGCGAUCGAUACGGCCGUCGAUGGCCUUUUAUUGUGAACAACUUGCUCUUCAUUGUUCUUGAACUGGGCACUGGUUUCAGCCAGACGUAUUCGCAGUUUCUCGCAUGUCGCGCGUUGUUUGGCGUUGCCAUGGGUGGUCUGUACGGGAACGCUGCCGCCACGGCGCUCGAGGAUCUUCCUGAGGAGGCGCGUGGUCUCAUGAGCGGUGUCCUUCAGCAAGGCUACGCGUUUGGCUACCUGCUCUGCGCCGCCUUUGCCCGCGGCCUGGUCGACACCACGUCCCACGGAUGGCGUCCUCUGUACUGGUUCGCCGCGUGCCCCCCCGUAAUCUUCAUCGCCGUCCGGCUGGUGCUGCCCGAGACCAAGGUGUUCCAGGAGCAUGAGCGCAUGCGCAAGGAGGCCGGCCACGUUGGCAAGUCGGCCGGCGCCGUCUUCGUCAGCGAGGGCAAGGUGGCCCUCAAGCGGCACUGGCUGCUGCUCACCUACCUCGUCCUGCUCAUGGCCGGCUUCAACUUCAUGAGCCACGGCUCGCAGGACCUGUACCCCACCAUGCUCGAGAACCAGCUCGGCUUCAGCAAGACGGCCGUGACGGUGACGCAGGUCGUUGCCAACCUGGGCGCCAUGUCCGGCGGCACCGUCGUCGGCUUCUGCAGCCAGUCCGUCGGCCGCCGCCUCAGCAUCGUCGUCUGCUGCGUCGUCGGCGGCGCACUCCUGUACCCCUACGGCUUCGCGAGGGACAAGUCCAUCAUGGCCGCCGCCUUCUUCGAGCAGUUCUGCGUCCAGGGCGCCUGGGGCGUCGUCCCCAUCCACCUCAUGGAGCUGUCGCCGGGGGCGUUUCGCACCUUUGUAGUCGGCACCGCCUACCAGCUCGGCAACCUGGUCUCGUCGGCCUCGUCCACCAUCGAGGCCCGGCUCGGCGAGCGCUUCCCGCUGCCGCCCACGGAAAGGGGCGUCAGGCGCUACGAGUACGGCCGGGUCAUUUGCAUCUUCAUGGGCUGCGUCUACGCCUACAUUCUGCUGCUUGCCUUUCUGGGGCCCGAGCACCUGCGCCGCAAGUUUGACGUUGGUCACGACACGGAUGCCAAGCAGGCUGUUGGUGUCGAGACGGUUGGCCGCGUCGCCCACGACGACCGUUUCCAGGACCAUGGCCACGCCAAGGCCUGUGACGUUGACGAGCAUGAGGAGAGGAGGGUUGCUGCGAGCCGCGGCUAG